ACGUUGCUGUAGACACCGGUUCGCUCCGCUAGGGAUUGUAGCUUUGAACGCCCUGGAAGGCUGUUCACCAGCAUUAUUUUCCUUCAGAUAAAAGACAAAUGUUUUAAGAUAAACGGUAAUAGAAACAAGGCGAUUUCUAUCGGCCUUAAGCUUUAAUUGGAGUCAAGAUGUUGACGGACGUGAUAACAGAGGAGGAAUUUGAACACAAUGAGGAUGAGCUCUGGUACAGCAGGAAGGAUUUGGAACAUGAUCUGCAUUUGGCCGCUGAGCUGGGCAAGACUCUGUUGGAUAGGAACCAUGAGUUGGAACAGGGCCUUCAGCAGAUGUACUCCACCAAUAAGGAACAGCUGCAGGAGAUUGAGUACCUGACAAAGCAGGUGGAUCUCCUGCGGCAGAUGAACGACCAGCAUGCCAAAGUUUAUGAGCAGCUGGACCUGGCCGCUCGAGACAUGGAGAAAAGCAACCAAAGACUGGUGCUGGAGAACCGCACAGCCCAGCAAAGAAUCCAGAGUCUGACUGAGAGUAUAGAUGGAUUACAGACUCAUAUGGAGGGUCUGCAGAAGCAGGUGGACGAUCUGAAGAUGUCCCAGUCAAAAAGAGACCUCGCAGAAGCACGCCGCAGUCUUGGAGCCCAGAGCAUGUCAUGCCUGAAAGAAAUAUAUGACCUGCAGCAAGUCAAGGAUCUGAGCUUGGAGAACCUGCAUGUGGAGAAUUCCUGCCCUGCGCUGGAUGGCAGAUGGGUGGAAGAGGAGUACUCCACCCUGCAACACACCCUCCACACCCUGAAAACACAGCUGUCGGAAGAACGUGCCCGACGUGUGGAGGCAGAGCGGGAGACAGAGCUGACGGUGCAAGAAAACAGUGUGCUGGAGCAGCGGAUGAUCCUGCUGGAGGUGGCGCGCCAUCGGCAGGCCGAGCUGGAGGCUGAGGUGGAGGAGCUAAGGCAGCUCUGGCGCUCCGAGUCAUCCAGCGCAAGACCAACAUACACUCUGUUGCCCGACAGCGUUUUCUUUACCGCAGAGGAAAGGGUGGGGCCAGAGAAAGACGAGGGGCAAGAAGCAGAGUUUCCGCCGGGGAGGCGUCGCUGCAGCAGCGACAGCUAUGUACGAGGGGUUGGAGCAGAGGAUAUCCGGCGCGGACAUGAGCGCACAUGCAUCCGGCGAGCUCAGGCGGUUAAGCAGCGUGGAAUCUCCUUGUUGAAUGAGGUGGAUGCGCAGUAUAGCGCGCUGCAAGUGAAGUACAACGAGCUGCUCCGUCGCUGCCAAAUGGGGGCGGACAGCCUCAGCCACAAGGGUGUGCAGACGGCCACCUUCCACGGACAACGCCGGCGGAGUCUGAUAUCAACCGCAACGGCAACAACCGAGUCCAUCUGCCCUGCAGAUGAGCUCCAUCAGCCAGAAUACAAAGCCCUGUUUAAAGAGAUCUUCACCUGCAUUCAGAAAACCAAAGAGGACCUAAGUGAGAACAGGGCUGGGCAGAAUCAGUCACAUUGAGUUUAUUGGAUUAGGUCAUCCAAAAAUGAAGAUUCUGUCACCGUUUAUUUGCCCUAUUGUCAUUCCAAACCUGUAUGUCUUUCUUUCUUCCAUGGAGUACAAAAGUAGUUUUUUUUUUACUUUCAUUAAAUGGAAAAAAGCAGACAGAAUAUUCUUAAAAAUGUCACCAUUUGUGUUCCACGGGAGAGAUAAUGUCAUAUGUGUUUGGAAGAAAUUGAGAGGACAAAGUUUUCUUGUUUGGUGCACUACUCCUUUUAAAUCUCAUGUGAAUGUUGGAUGGCAGUAUUAUACAUAUUCAGUCUGAUGUAAUUGGAUGACUGGCGUAUUAGACAUUUUAAAGGUGCUGCUAUUUGUGUGUAUGUGUUGAUUGCACUAUAACACCUCUGCCUAUGCAACACCAGACCGUCCACAUUCAAAACCACAUAAUGCAAACGAAAAUGGGCCGUAGGGCUGAAAUUAAUUCUAUUGUACUGUACUUUUAUAGGUCUUAUGCUACAUAUGAAAUGUGUGGACCUUUAAGAUAUAGCCAUACACGAUUGCAUUUAAAUCCGUUGAACCAAGUGUUCGUAGGAGGAAAAAAAGUGAAAUGAAUUGCUCUGAGGGUAGAUUAAAUUAUUGUUAUUAACAACUUACACGGCUUAGGAAGUAACUUAAUAAAAUAUAACAUGUCUAAGUAAAAAGAAAUGACGCCUUAUUUUAGGACCAUUCGCAUUUUUGGCAUUGUGAUUGUUUUCAUGACAACAAAGCGCAUUGCCCAAAAUAUUCAUUAUUGUAAUGAAAAAAAAAAUGAAACAAAAUAUACAAAUAAAAUAAAAAUUAUACUUUGACUUUUUAAUGUGAAAUAAAUAAUAAGAUAUUAUUUAAAUAAGGACAGUAAUUUCUGUCAACAUCUUAAUAGUAUUAAACAUAUGCUUCAUUUUCUUUAUGCAAAAAAAUGAUUUUUUUGUUUGUUUUUAGGGGGGGUUUUGUGAUACCCGCCUAAUAAACAUAAUAAAAUUAACUAUGGAAUUCAGUAGGACUGUAUGUUCUUUGUAGCCAAUAGCGUAGCCAUAUAUUCUGAGUGUCUAGAAAUUGCAGAAGCGAUAUAAAAGCUUUUUUGCUCGAUUUAAAAUACAAAGCUGCAUGUCAAUUUGAAAGAAAUUACUAAACAAGGUUGCUUGUAUUUGAGCAAUAUUUGCUACAUUUAUACAUUUUCUGUUCGAGCUGACCUCAACGCUUAAUUAAACUAUGCUUGAAAUGUCCAUGUGACUGUGUGUAUAGUUCCUCAAGAGCAAGUCGCAGUUAAACGUUCGGCGGAGUCACGAGGCAGACACACAUGAAUUCUUAGCACUUUGUUUGGACGUUCAUUUAACUGUGAAACUAUGCACUUUAGGCAGACCUAUGGUCGGUUUUGUUUUUGGUUAUUUAUUUAUUUUAUUUUCAUUCCAUGAUGUAGUCAAGAAAUUAUAUUUAUUUGAUUUUCUCAUUUGGUGUUCAUUCACUGAAUCAAAAUUCUGUUAGUUUUGUCUUUCAGUUUUACACCGCUGUGUUUAGGUCAGCACUAGAAUGUUAAUGAUAUCUUGAUGGACAUGGAGAAAUGUGUUUCUAUGUGUUGAAAAUAUAUUGACUGAAUUGGUUCUUGACGUGUUAUAUUUAAAGAUAGAUGACUAUUGCUUGUAUUGUGUUAUCUAAAUGUUACAGCACUAUGUAGAGCAUUUUCACAAUGUGUUUUGUAAGUAGUUCUUUGGUUAAUGUAGUGUAACCGCUAAUCUAACAAGACUCACUUAUUGUCAUUUUCAGUGUUUUAUAACUGUAUUUCAUAACACACCAUGUACUACUUUAUACUUAAAACCACAACCUAGUUCAAUGCAGAAUGAAAAAGUGCUUCAUGGCCGGUUCUGUGUUAGAGGGCUACAAUGUGCAUGAUCAGAUGUUAGAUUAGUGGCAGAGAAAUAUAGCUCUUACUCAAGGUAAAACAUGAUUUUGAAGAAUUUAUGAGUUACAGUUCAGCAGAGUUUAUAAAACAUAAACUGAAAACGUUCAGUCUUAGAUGCUGACCAAAUAUCUUAGUAAAUUAUUAUUAUCAGAAUAUCUCACCGGUAAAACAAUCAAUUAUUUGUAACAAUCACAGAAAUAUCCUAUUUUAUAUUGGUUUGUGAAUGUACAAAUUGAAUUUGUUACCUCAUCUGUCCUGAGUUGACUGUUUAGGCUACACUUAAAUAUGUUUUAUGUUGGAAUCAGAGUUCAUUCAUAGUUUUCUACAUUAUUUAUUACUAUCAUUGGCUGCAGAUGAUAAAAUGUAAUAUGCUUAAUGAAGGAAUGCAUAAUCUGAUAGUAACUGGUGCUGAAUUGUCAUGGUUCUUCCUCAAAACCACAGCCUAGACCACUGCCUAUUUGAAAAUCAGUGAUCUGUUUAUGUAAUAACAUAACAUAAAUAGAUUCUUGGUUGAAACAAAAUAACCAAUAAAUAAAGCUGUA